AUGUCAACAAGUGUUUAUGGUAAGUAAAUUAGGGUCUUUUUAAAGUAAACAUUAUUUUUAGAGCGCGAUUUGAACGGUCGUUUUCGUCACAUGAAAAAAAUCGGGGAGGGCACCUAUGGUGUAGUUUUCCGAGCCACCCACACCAACGACAACGUGAAAUGCGCCCUCAAAAUGAUCACCAUGGAUAGGUAAAAUUCAAAUUUUGAAUUUCGCGACAAACCAAAUAAAUUCAAUUUUUCGCAGGGACGAAGAAGGAAUUCCGAGCACGUGUCUUCGAGAAAUCUCAUGUCUCAAAGAUUUGCGCCACGAUAAUGUUGUUAAACUCUACGAUAUCAUUUAUACCAGUAGGUCAUUUUCGGCGGUUAAAUCCGAAUUCAAAUUUUUUUGCAGACCAAAAAUUAUACAUGGUUUUCGAGUAUAUUGAUCAGGAUUUGAAGUUUUUGCUGGAUCGUAUAUCACCCGAACCAUUGCCUCCGAAUUAUGUUAGAGUGCGUUUUUUUGGGGCUGAAAAUCUGAAAAUUUUCAUAUUUUAUUCAAAAUAUGUUCCAUUACGAAGAGCUCAAAAUUCGAUUUUCAUGUUCUCUGGGCACAGAUUUGCUUGAAAAGCGUGAUUCUGAUGAUCGCUUGGCUCAAAAAUGCUCCCAAACCCCAUUAUUCUUUGCAGUCUUUUAUGUGGCAACUUCUAUCAGCUUUAUCAUAUUGUCAUCUUCGUCGAAUUGUUCAUCGCGAUCUAAAACCUCAAAAUAUUCUAGUUUCAAAUAAUGGAGUCAUCAAAAUAGCCGAUUUUGGAUUAGCUCGCAAUUUUUCGUUUCCCAGCAGGAAAUAUACACAUGAAGUUGUGACACUUUGGUAUAGACCACCUGAGGUGAGCAAAAUGACGGGUUUCGGGGGAAUUUUUUGUGGAAAAAGAGAGAUUUAUCACUGGAAAACUUCAAAGUGCAUCAAUUUUCAACCAAAAAUCCCCAAUUUGUUUCAGAUUCUUCUUGGUUCUCAAAGAUAUUCGACUUCUUUGGAUAUGUGGUCAAUUGGUUGUAUAUUUUCGGAAUGCGCUUCUGGUCAACCACUUUUUAAUGGAGAAUCUGAAAUUUCUCAACUCUUCCGGAUUUUUGAAACUAUUGGAACACCGACUUCACAGGUGAGAAUUUUAAAGAACAUUUUCGAGCAUUUUUUUUUGAAUAUUCCUGAUUUUUAGAAAUUCUAAUCCAAUAUUUUUUACAGACUUGGCCUGGUGUUGAAAAACUGCCUCAUUUCAAAUCUGCUUUUCCAAAAUGGCAAUAUAAUUCGAAAAAAUUGGCAGAAACUUCGAAUUUGAGCCAAGCCGGAUUCGAUAUUUUAAGUGAAAUUGUGCGAUAUCCGCCAGAACGGAGAUUGACUGCAAAAGGCGCACUUUCACAUCGAUAUUUUAUGCAAAAUGAUUUUAUUCAAAACCGUCCUGAUGUGGCUGAGUUGGUCAAGAUUUUUGAUCAGGUGGGUGAUUUUUGGGUGGUUUUGGUGGGAAAUUUUAAAAAUUUGGUGAAAAAAUGAGUUAGAGAGUCUAGAGAAGACAGAGUUAUCAGAUAAAAUAAUCCAAUUUUUGAAAAAAAAAUUCCACAUGUCAAAACAAGUUUUUAAAAUGAAGUUUUGAUUUUCACCGCAAAAAAGUUCUAAUUUUUAAUCCAAAAAUUGCCACGUCAUCAAAAUUUCCUCUCUAAAAUCCCCCAUUUUUCCAGAAAAAACGCGACCACAAAUUUGGACCUCGUGGUGAUUUUUGA